AUGCAUCAGCCUCCUGUUCUUCCAUUGACAGAAGAAAACCUACUCAUCUUGUCAAGCAAUAACAAUGAAAUGCUGGAGCGUUACUGUCAAGAAAUGACACUUCAAAGAGUGCGCUGUCAAUCCACACCGCCUCAAUUGACGACACAGCAGCAGCAGCAGAAGAACAACGACAUUGUGUUUGCUUCUCCUCGUAUUCUGCCAUUCCCAUAUCACAAUGAUUCCAUGUUUCUUCCGACAGCCGAGCAGAUUCAAUACCAAAUGGCCUCCUCUUGCAAUGAUAAUUUUAGCUCUUCAGGAACAUCUCGGGCCGACUCCUCAUCAAGCAUCAUUCCUCCAUCGCCAUCGUUCAUGUCCCGACCAAAACGACCUCAAUCAACAAAUACCAAUAUUCGUGGCAGUAGUAACUACAGCGUUUCGUCAAUUUCACAUCAUCAUCAACAUCGGGGAAGAAGAUCUCUGCCUGCUCGAUUGGACAGUUUGGUAAUGACAAAUAGUCUUAGUAAACACAGGUUUUUGCGUCGGUCUUCAUCAUGUUCCUCAUUUGGGUCUUCCUCUGUUUCGUCAUUAGAAGUGAUUGAAAAUAAUUACGCCCAUCAACAACAACAACAACAAUCAGUACAACCACAACCUCAUCUCAGUCAUACCAAAAAGCCUUGGCUGAAGCGUAUUUUCAAAUUCUUCAACAAGAACACCAAGCAACAGCAACAACAACAUCAAGAUGGGAACCCAGUCUGGUACUGCCAAUAUUCAAAAAAUCCAACGUCUCGUUUUGAAAAGUACUACAACCAAAAGCAAAUGAUCAUUGUGUCAUAA